AUGUCCGACGCCUACGAGCGCGAACGCCAAAAUAACUCCCGUCUCAACGAAUUAUCCGCAAAAGUAUCUGCGCUGCGCGGUGUCACGGUCGAUAUAUAUGAUCAUGCUAGAGCGCAAGAUGUUAUUGAUAAUACUUCCGACACUUUCUCUAGCAUGUCGUCCUCGCUCAAGGGAUCCGCGUCUCGACUUGGUCGUAUGGCUUCUUCGGGGAAUAAGGUUGCGAUUUUGAAGUUGAGUGGGUUGAUUAUGGGGAGUGUGCUUGUUUUGUGGUUUUUGUGGGGGUUGGUUGUUUGA